AUGGGGCAAUAUCUUGUCGAUGGUGAAAAAGAUGAAUUUCAUCCGGACAAAUGGACAGAAAGCCCAAGCGGGCUCCCAGAACGUUCUCCGAACACGAAUCUAAAUGUGCUAAUCGUUGGAAGCGGCCCGGCUGGGCUUAUGACAGCUCUGGAAUGUUGGAGAAAAGGGAGCAAUGUAGUAGGGAUUCUAGAGAGACGAGAAAGCCCGGUUUAUGCUGGAGACAUCAUUGUUGUUGGUCCAUCAGCUCUCGAUAUCAUGCGUCACUGGCCAGAUAUGUGCCGUGAGCUUAAAGAUGAUCACAGCGAGAGCGCGAUGUACUAUCGAUGGCAUAAUGGCGAGCUCAUCCUCGGUCCCACGUCACUGGGUUUCAAUGAUCCGGAGUACAUGGCUAAGCGACAGGGGUUUCCAUACGCUGCCCCGCAUCAGAUCCGCAAGAAAUUUUAUCGUAUGUUGCUUCGCCAAGUCGCACGAAUUGGCCUACAGGUGGAAUAUAGUCAGCGAGUAGAGAAGUACUUCGAGGACGAGGCUGCGGGUGUUGCCGGUUUAGUUACGGAAGAUGGCCACAUUCGUGUGGCGGACAUUGUUGUAGCGGCUGAUGCGUCGAAAACCGCUUCCGAGCUGCUCAUUGCUGGGGAGCCUAUGUCUACACGCUCAAGUGGUAUGUCAGUCUAUCGCGCAUCUCUUCCGACCGAGCUAGCCCUGCAAAAUGAGGCGUUUAAAGAGCGGUUCGGCGAUGUUGUAUCGCAGAAUAUUUCUCAUCAUGAGUUUUGGAUCGGCCCAGGAAUGCAUUUGGGCCUCUAUUUGUCAAAGGACUUCGUGGCCUGGGGACUAACUCCACGAGACAAGUUCCUACUACCAGGUGGGGAGGAUCCAGUUGAGUCGUGGGAUCCAAAUAUCGAUCCAGAGGAAGUAGCCAAGGUACUUUGCCGUGUUUCAGAUUGGGACCCUGCGAUUGAAGGAUUGGUUCGAACUACUCCUAAAGGCUCGGUAAUUCACUGGCCUCUGCUGUGGCGUAACCUCCAUCGUGAGUGGACAUCUCGAGGCGGACGGGUUGUACAGGUCGGCGAUGCAGCACAUAGCACGAUCCCAGCCUCAGUCAGUGGAGGUACUCUAGCUAUUGAAGAUGCAGUGACGCUGGCAGCGUGCUUGCAGCUUUCAUGUGCUGGCGGACCUAGUGGCGGGCCCCUUGGAACUCGUAUUUACAAUCUACUUCGAUACGAGCGGGUCAGUUGCGUUCAAAAGAUGUCUUUUGUGAACUCCGAGAGUCUUGGAGCGGGAAAUAUGGUUGAUGUGAAGAACGACCCAGAACUGGUCCGAGUUAAGGUGCCCAAAUGGCUGUUCCAACACGACCCGGAGUCGUAUGUGUAUGAGAAGUAUGGACAGGCCUUCGCCCAUUUAGCUACCGGGGCUGAAUUUCGAAAUACCAAUUUUCCUAAAGGUCAUAACUUCAGACCAUGGACGAUUGAGGAAGUCCAUGAAGAUGUAUUAGCAGGGAAGAGCGUGGCUCAGCUUUUGGAUGGAGACUGGUCGUAGAUUGUCAACUUGCUCUUAGUACAGCUUCUCGUUGUCAAGAAAAUCCAUAUAGUAUUGAUUUCAAUGCUGUAAAUUUAUAUUAUUAAUGGUUAGAUUACUGCCAUUUAGGGCUCAUUUUAUGGUGCGGCUGUCACCCAGAACUUUG